CACGUGUGGAGCGAAAGUGAGGACUGCUUACCUUUUCUGCAGCUCGCACAGGAUUACAUCUCCUCUUGCGGGAAAAAGACACUCCAUGAAAUAUUGGAAAAAGUCUUCAAAUCCUUCAGACCCUUACUUGGGCUUCCAGACGUUGACGAUGAUGCAUUUGAAGAAUACAAUGCAGAUGUGGAAGAAGAGGAACCAGAAGCCGAUCACCAACAGAUGGGUGUCAGUCAACAGUGA